AUAUUAUUGUAUUUCAUCAUUAUUUAAUUACUGUCUUUUGUUGGUACAUUAAACUUCGAUCACUGCUAGUAACACGGCUGGGAAGGCUGAACCGAGCCUACAAGUCAGUACUCAGGGACACAUUACAAAGAGAGCCUGCCACCACUGAGAGUAUCAGAAACAUGGCGGAAAGCGAGUUGAACGUUGACAGCCUCAUCUCUCGACUACUGGAAGUGCGAGGAUGUCGUCCCGGGAAGGUCGUACAGAUGACAGAGGCUGAGGUGCGGGGGCUCUGCAUCAAGUCCAGAGAGAUUUUCCUCAGUCAGCCGAUCCUGCUAGAACUGGAGGCUCCACUCAAAAUCUGUGGUGAUAUCCAUGGACAGUACACAGAUUUGCUGAGGCUAUUUGAGUAUGGAGGCUUCCCUCCAGAGGCCAACUAUCUGUUCUUGGGGGAUUACGUGGACAGAGGGAAGCAGUCGCUCGAGACCAUCUGCCUACUGCUCGCCUACAAGAUCAAAUACCCAGAAAACUUCUUCUUGCUCAGGGGGAACCACGAGUGUGCCUCCAUCAAUCGCAUCUACGGCUUCUAUGAUGAGUGCAAGCGUAGGUUCAACAUAAAGCUCUGGAAGACCUUCACAGACUGUUUUAAUUGUCUGCCCAUUGCUGCGAUUAUUGAUGAAAAGAUUUUCUGCUGCCAUGGAGGGCUCUCACCUGAUCUACAGUCCAUGGAACAAAUUCGACGCAUUAUGAGGCCCACUGAUGUCCCAGACACAGGCUUGCUGUGUGACCUGCUGUGGUCAGACCCAGACAAAGACGUCCAAGGCUGGGGGGAGAACGAUCGGGGAGUUUCCUUCACCUUUGGGGCCGAUGUGGUCAGCAAGUUUCUCAACCGACAUGACCUGGACCUCAUCUGCAGAGCACAUCAGGUUGUUGAAGACGGCUAUGAGUUCUUUGCCAAGCGACAGCUGGUGACGCUGUUCUCUGCCCCCAACUACUGCGGGGAGUUUGACAAUGCAGGCGGCAUGAUGAGUGUGGACGAGUCCCUUAUGUGCUCCUUUCAGAUCCUGAAGCCGUCAGAAAAAAAAGCAAAAUACCAGUACGGAGGGGUGACUUCAGGGCGCCCUGUCACCCCGCCUCGCACCACUCAGGCACCGAAAAAGAGGUGAGCAGCUGGCCCUGACUCUCCUGCUCCUCCCCCGGCUGGUCUCUGGCUCACGUCCCUGCAGGCUGCCUCAAACACUCCAGCUUCUCUCAGUCAGCUUGUUCAUGUGUAAACAAAAACUCCACGAGUGGUUUUUUUUCUUGUUCUGUGGGUAUUUUUAUGAACAUGUGAGUGGUAUUUUUUCCAUUUCUUUUUUGAUGCCAUGGUAUUAACUCAGUCCUCACUUCUUCUACUCACUCCAUUCAGCAAUAUUUAAACCAAACUCUUGUGGAAUGGCAGAAAAGAUGCUUCUCUCCCUUCACAUAAACAAUUCCCAUAGUAAUGUUGUGAAUGCAUGCACGCUUGUGAGAUUGAGACGGGUUAUUUGCCCUAACUGAUGUAAAAUCCAUAGAUUCUCGUCUCACCUUAAUUUGUCUAAUGUUCAUGUAAUUAACCGAAUUACUGCCAUACAUUGGCUGAAGUAGUACAUGGCUUAAAAGGAAUAGCAUGACAUUUUGGGAAAUAUGCUUAUUUGCUUUCUUGCAAAGAGUUAAAUGAGAAGGUCAACACCACUCUCCUGUCUGUCAUAUAGUAAACUACCACCAGCAACUGGCUAACUUAGCUUAGCACAAAGAAUGGAAACGGGGGGGAAACAGUUAGCCUUGCUCAGUUAACGGUAACAAACUUCACCUACUGGCUUUUUAAUGAACACGUAACGCUUUUUGUUUUGUACGGAGCAAACAAACAAUCAAAGCUAUGACAUGGUAAUUAGUGAAUUGAUCUUCCCAUCUAACUCUCUGCAAGUAAGCGAUUUUCCCAAAAUGUCAAAUUGUUCCUUUAAGAAUCGCAAGUUAGACAUUGCUGACUACCCUAUGACUUAAGAAUGUUUUUUUCUCCCCAAAGAGAUGUCAAUAAAAUCUUAAGAUUUUGAUGAUAUAAGUGCAGGAAAUAAUGCAACAAUCUUGCCAUAUGCAAGCAUAAACAAAAGGCCAUUCAAGCCUAUUUGAACUUUUAAAAAGGACACAGCCAAUCUAUGCUGUACCUUUUUACUAGGGCAUUCAUGUACAGUAGAUGCUCUACAUUAGAUUAGUGUUACCAAGCUCAAACUUUUUAAUCCCUCACAUCACUGAAGUACCAUUUGUGUUGGUUAAAGAGCAGCAUUUCCAUUGUUGGUAUAAACAAAUGGGAAAACAGCAAUGCAAUGGCAUAACAGUUUCAUUUUCAAUUCUGAUGUGAAUUCAGUGUGGGAACCAGUGAGCACUUUGAGUAUGUCCUUUAGUCUGGUGAGUACAGUAGGUGUGUAGAAAAGUAGAGACGCCAGUGCAAGAGAAGAAGGUAAAUGAAAGAAAUAGGAAGACCCCGGCAGAAAUUGACGUACAGUAUGGAAUUAAUAGUUGCCAGUAUAUUCAUCUUCACAGUUGUAGAUGUGGACUUCUCACAUACUAAACAUUGUUGCACUUCCAGUCAUCGCAUGACAUUGUAAAGAGGUCAAAAUUAUCAAGGCAAGACGAUGGCAUUUUGUUUGUUGUUGGCUAGUUAAAUUAUAGUGUUUCCACUAAGCGGUUAUUGAAUGAAGUGAAUCAUUUCCAACUCCUUAAUAAUCAUUUGACCAAUGUA